AGCAUUAAAACAAUCCAGAUCUUUAUUUUCUUUCAAAAAAAAACCGAGGAAAAGUGACAUUCAGCUUCACAAACAACAGGAUAGCCCAACGCGUAGGAGGGGCAUGCACACCACUUCGGAUGCUUGCCCUGGCAUCUCUCAGUUGUGUUAUCAUUCAGCUUGCUGGACCUUUGCCUGUGCCAGGCUCGAGAGCGUUGGGAACACGAGGGAGCCACCAGGGGGCAGCACACGGCAAGAAAUCUUGUAUGUCGACCGCAGCCCACCGCCAAACUUCCCUGCUGCUCUGGGUCCUCGUACGUACUUCCGUCGCUCUGACGCUCCCAGAAACCCGGGCAUCGGGAAGGAGCGCAAAUUCCCCCUCUUUUGAGCCUCAGGAAGAAAAUCUGGAGCUGGGUUCACCAGAGCACACUAGAGCGGCCGCUGGAGUCUUUCACCGCGCCGCCAGGGGCGCGGCGCUGGCCCAGAGUGUGCUGGCGCGUGGGCGUCGUCGUCAGUCACACAUCGGUGAUUCUGGAGAGGGCAGUCGGCCUCCCGAAGGAGUAGUCGCGGCCCCAGCAGCCCCCCACCCCGUGGUCUCCAGCGCCUUCCCCUCUCGCCUCAAGGGACAUCCCCGCACCUAUACCCACAGCUGUCACCUGUGCGUGCUGGGAGGCGAGGGGACACAAGCAAGUGUGCUCCCCAGAGUCGUCCAGAAGGAUGCCUGGGUGUCGGAUGCGUCCUCAGGCUGCUCUCCAGCGCUGGCUAAGAAAGCAGUCGGGAUGAUGCUCGCAAACUUUCCUUCGCCGAGGCGUUGAGAAGAAACGUCCCUUCCUAAAGCUCGCGGAGAACCCAGAGUCUGGCGUCCAGAGGAGCCAAGCCUGCGCAGGGGAAGUUCUCUCGAGCCCCGGAGGUGGCCCAAAGGGAGAAGCUUCAAGGCAGGAGAGGUGUCUGCUUCCCAGCACCCCCGCAGUGACUCUGACCUCCGCACGCCCCCUGCACACGUGCCGGCGGCCCAGGGACCAGGUCCAGCUGGGCUAGUUGAGGAAGGCGGCGGCGCUCUGGCAGCCCGAGGGCGCAUGGAGGCGCCGAGGGGGGCGGUGCGGCUCGCCUGCGGCGCGGGGGAGCGCGCACGCCGCGCCCCGGUCUCCCCCGGGACCCGGCUGGCCUCUCCCUGCACUUCCCGCUGCUGGGCUCCGGGGCGCGGGCGGCGCGGCGGCACAGGUGUAGCCCGCAGCGGCGGGGCGCGCGCGUAGGAGGACUGAUUUUACUCGGCUGGCUGGAGUUGCCUCGGGGUUCCGGAACUAAGGCGCCCGCCUUGCAAGCAGGCUCGGCGAGUCACUUUGCAAACCCUGGAGGCCAGCGCCUCGGACCGAACCCUGUGGGCUGGGCGCAAAUGCUCGCUUUCCUAGGCGGGCCGGGCUCUGGCUGCUGGACUUAGGCGGCUCGCUGGGCCCGCGCCGGCGCCUCCCCCAUGCUGCUUGGAGCGUCCUGGCUGUGCGCGUCCAAGGCGGCAGCCACCGCAGCUCCGGGCGAGGGCGACGACAGGCAGGGUGAGCAGCAGAGAGGGGACCAGGCGAGGACUGAAGAGGAUAUGGACGAGUCAUCGCUGCUGGAUUUGUUGGAAUGCUCUGUGUGCCUGGAGCGCCUGGACACCACUGCCAAGGUGUUGCCAUGCCAGCACACCUUCUGCCGACGCUGUCUGGAGAGCAUCGUGUGCUCGCGCCACGAGCUACGCUGUCCCGAGUGCCGCAUCCUGGUGGGCUGCGGGGUGGACGAGCUGCCGGCCAACAUACUGCUAGUGCGCCUGCUGGAUGGCAUCCGCCAGAGGCCCCGCACAGGCGCCAGCCCUGGGAGCAGCCCUCCUGCGCGCCCGGGGCCGGGUACGUUCCCAGCGUUGGCAGGCGGUGCUGGAGGGGCGACAGGCAGUCCCCCGCGUUCUCCCGUCUUUCUCUCAGCGGCAGCAGGCAGCUCUACCUCCUCCAGUUUGUGCGACGCGGCGACUAAUAGGAGCGUGCCUGUGGCUAAGAACCUAUCCCAGCUUCCCUACGCCAAGGCCCUCUACAGCUAUGAGGGAAAAGAACCCGGUGACCUCAAGUUCAACAAAGGGGACAUCAUCAUUCUGAGACGCAAGGUUGAUGAGAACUGGUACCAUGGGGAGCUUCAGGGCACACAUGGCUUCCUCCCAGCCAGCUACAUCCAGUGCAUGAGGCCCUUGCCGCAGACUCUGCCCCAAGGCAAAGCACUUUACGAUUUUGAGAUGAAAGACAGAGACCAAGACAAAGAUUGUCUGACCUUCACUAAGGAUGAAGUUUUAACUGUGAUCCGGAGAGUGGAUGAUAAUUGGGCCGAAGGCAUGCUGGGAGACAAGAUUGGCAUCUUCCCUCUCCUGUACGUGGAGCUCAACGACUCCGCCAAACAACUCAUUGAGAUGGACAAGCUGUGCCCAGCUGCCACCACUGCAUACAACUAUGAUGCCCUCUUGUCCUCUGACCCCAGCACAGUCGCCAAUGUGGCCCCAGGUCCCACCCUAAGUAGCUCAGGGGCAGUCAGUGCCUUUCAACGACGUGUGGACAGCAAGAAGAAUGCCAAGAAGCGCCACUCCUUCACUGCGCUCAGUGUGACUCACAAAUCCUCACAGGCCUCCAGUCACAGGCACUCCAUGGAAAUUAGUGCCCCGGUGCUGAUCAGCUCCAGCGACCCACGUGCUGCAGCUAGGAUUGGGGAGCUUGCCCAUCUGUCCUGCGCUGUACCCACCCAGGACUCCUCUUCAGCUGGACCUGUCCCCACAGCCAUCCCUCGAGCUGCCGCAGUGGCUGGAGAACAGGGCAUGUCUCCCAAAGUCCAGCUGCCCCUCAACAUGUACCUGGCUCUCUAUGCAUACAAGCCCCAGAAGAAUGAUGAGCUGGAGCUUCGCAAGGGUGAGAUGUACCGUGUACUCGAGAAGUGCCAGGAUGGCUGGUUCAAGGGGGCGUCAUUGAAAACCGGGAUCUCGGGGGUGUUCCCCGGCAACUAUGUGACACCUGUCUCCAGGGUUCCUGGAGGAGCUGGGUCACCCUGGAAUAAUGUGCUUGGAGGGUCUCCAUUGGCCAAGGGAAUGGCCACCAUUAUGCACCCUGGAGGUGGAAGUCUGAGCAGCCCAGCCACUGCCACCAGGUCUGCUCUGCCUCUCACCACACUGCAGGACCAUAUGCAGCACCCAGCCACCUCCCUACCAACAGGCAGCUGCCUUCGACACACAGCUCAACCAGCAGCCAGCCAAGCUGGGGGCACCACCAUCCCAACAGCAUGGGCUCUGCCUUCUGGUGCCUGUACUGGCAGCUGAAGAGGCGUGGAGGGUUUACAGACCCACGCACAUUGUCUGCAAGAAGGUGCCGUGGAGAGCAAGGUUGGGAAAGGGUCUCCCAGUACCUUUCCUAGAGACACUGCUGUAACCUGCCCAUGGAUGUCUUCACUGCCAGGCACGUUAAGGUCUCCUGGAAGACAGUGUCUUCCAGGGGAAGUCGGAUGAGGAGAACCAACCAGAGACGCUCUUUUUGAAAGCAUAUUGAGAGUAGCAAGCGUGAUGACCAGCCAGUCUGCUUGUAGGUAGCAUGAGAUGGAAAGAAACCAUGGGUAGACAGAAGAUAAUGACUCUGCCUGGAAGCUUAGCACAGAGCAGGUAAGAAUUACUUAAAUGGCAAGACCCUCUCAGGAGUCCACAUCAACAUGGCUCCGCAGAGCCACUGACAUUACCACUGCCCAGUGACAAUAACCCAAAGUAAGAAGGUAUAACCCAGCGUUUCUCUUCCCUCCUUUCCCUACUAUCCAAGAAACUGUAUCUUUUCCUCAAAGUGCAGAUGAGGGAGGAAACAUGAAUUCUUUGGAGCAAAGAUACAGCAUUUGUAUAGGAGUUAGCCAGACCAUGGCCCAGUCGAGGGCCUCCAGAAAGCAGCUUCCUGCAUGUAAGACUCUCUGUGUAUGUGUUCCCCAGUCAUGAUCAAUGGGCCUCUGUGUAUGCUGGAGGAAGGGUUUGUUAAAAUCACAUCCAUUCACCCACCCAUCGGAUCUGAAACUCAGAAAGAUAUUCUGCCCUCACACUCAUAUGAUAAAUGGAAGCUUACACGAGGUGAGAAGAGUGGGCAGACCCUUGUAGUCAGAAUUUGAUGUGGAUCGUUUUGAGAGCAUGGCAUUGACACCUACUCAACAGACAGGAUGCCAUUCCCACUCUUGGGUCCUCACUCACUGACUCACUGACUCACUGACUCACUGACUCACUGACUCACUGACUGACAAACUCCCUCAGGAAAUCGAUGCCAUCUUGGAGGGAGGUCUGAGUACUGGGGAAGGCAAGGUCAAGGUCAGACAUAUGGGAGAAAGUAGGGGCGGGGACAGUCCUGAGAAUGAGCUAAUGCCAGGAUGAACAGCCAAGUAACUCAAACAGUGGAGGAAGAAAGGGCACGCUUGAGGCGAAAGAAAGGAGGGGAGUGAACAAGGAAGGUGUGGGAGAGAGCAACUUCAGGCAGCUGCCUGUGUAAACCUUUUUCUUCCCUUCCAUGUGGUUGCAGAUGCCCAUGGUCAACAAGCAGGACAAUCUUAGUGUAACGAGAAGAGUAGGGAGAUGGGUAAAGAACGACAUCCACAUAACACAGUGUAGUGACUGUAAUAACUGUUGUAUUUCAUUACUAGUUGCUACUGUUGGUCCCACAGUAUGCACAGUAUGCCUACUUUGUAAGUCGAAAGGUGUUAUAAGCAUAUAUAUAUAUAUAUAUAUAUAUAUAUAUAUAUAUAUAUACAUAUAUAUAUAUGUUAUAUAUUCUGUUUUUCAUAUAUCUGAAAAACAGAAUAUAUGGAGUUUCGUACUAGUUGUGUGAUUUGAGGUAAACAGAGGCAGUCUUUGGAGAGCCCCUUCUAAUAGAAGACAACUGCAUCUCUGUCCAAGCAGAGCACACAACAGCCUGGUUGAAGGCAGGUGCUUGAGUGGCAGUUAGACCUACACUUGAAUGCUGAGGCUGUCAACAUCACUAGAACCUCAGCUUCUCCUUCUGUAAAAUGGGAAGAUCGGUUGUGUUCACUGCCUUGGAUGAUCCUGUGUGGAUGCUAGUAGUGUACCCAACACCUAGCUAUUCUGUAGAGGUCAGGAGUGUCUAACAAUUAGGAAGGAAGAAGACAACAGUGAUCGUUAUGUAGGUUCUAAGGAGUGUGGAGUCUUAGGGCUGUGCAGGGGCAUACCUCUGUACUCUGAAGCACUUUAAAGCAGUGGUGUAGCAUCUUACCAGAGACCACCAUGACACAAGGAAAAGACCUGCUAUACAGCCUGCACCUAAAACACGAACCAGCCAAAGAGGGCGAGCAGCCUGGCAGGGUCUGAUCCGGCCGCCUGGGCAGAGGACAGUGAGCAACUUGUAAGGCACAGUAGUUCUGUCUAAGAUAGGAACUCCAAGAUGGACUCAAGAAUCUAGAGGAACCAAGUCCAGAGUCCAGGUUCUGAAGCAGGUUGCCUUGGGAGAAUGAGGGUGCCAUGCCCAGCCCAGAAGAAGUGGCUUAUGGAGAGACGGCACAGGUGUGGAGGCUGAGGCUCUGAGACAGGCAGUGAGUAUGUGAGCCCUGGGUGUGCAAGCAUUGAGUAUGUGAGCCCCGGGUGUGUAGGCGGUGAGUAUGUGAGCCCUGGGUGUGCAGGCAGUGAGUAUGUGAGCCCUGGGUGUGCAGGCGGUGAGUAUGUGAGCCCCGGGUGUGCAGGCAGUGAGUAUGUGAGCACCGGGUGUGCAGGCAGUGAGUAUGUGAGCACCGGGUGUGCAAGCAUUGAGUAUGUGAGCCCCGGGUGUGCAGGCGGUGAGUAUGUGAGCCCUGGGUGUGCUCGCUAUCUUGGAACAAUAUUCUGUUGUGAGAGUGAUAGCCUAUAUGAAGAAUAUCUCCAUCUCUCCCUCCCUCCCUUCAUCUCCUCCUAUGGCUUUUUGUCUCACAAACGUACCCCACACUGGCAGAAGGUGGUUUCACUGGCCCAGGCUUCUCUGUUAGGAUACAAGAUGCACUUAGGCUAGGUCUGGAAAUACAUGUUCCUGUACAUGCUUCCCCUGGAAAGGGACUGCACAGGGAGCCAUGUAUAUCACUUUGAGAGUGAAAGAAAUGGUUAGAACAUUCAGCUUUUCAGGUACAAUAGGAAAGAAGUCUUGUUCGCCAUCAGAGGAGCCUGCCAUCAGUGGCUUCAGGGCAGACUCUGGUGCCCAAUGUCUAGCACCGUCAGUGAGCACAGGGUAGAUUCAGACAGCUGCUGUCUGACAUUAUCGAUGAGAGUCCAGAGUGAAGUUCUUGGGGGAUUUUAUAAUAGUAGCCAUGUCUCGAAGAAACAGAACUGGCACCAAGCAAUGUUUUUCUAUGUACUGCCCUGUCAGUGAGCCCCAAGUCCAACUCUAGUGAGCCAGAUGCCCCUUAAACUGCCCACCAGUCUUAUGUGAGUAUUUGGUUUUUUUGCUUAUAUUAGCGAAAAUCCAAGCCUAUUCUAUGCCUGUUGCAACCUGGACACAACCUGCACAGCUGUCCUGGACCCCUCAUCCCCAUCUCCCACCCUCCAACCAGCCACACUCACACUACUGUUAGGUGCUGUGCUGUGUCCCUUGGUACCCUCAAGUUAGAGAUGCAGCUUUUGUGUCUGGCUAAGCAUUUCCAGCUGAGUUUCCAGGCCGGUCAGCAGCUUUCCAAGAUGUUGAACUGGAAAAUGCUGAACAAGUGGAUACUCCCAUCCUUUUGCUUACAAACAUCCCCUCAUUCGCUCAGCCCAGCCAGCAUGCCAUACAAGUCCGUCUAAGCUGAGCAGCCCUGUUGGCACAGCAGUCUCGGGUUAACUGCCACACAAUAGCCUUUCCACACCAAGACUCACUGAUGCUUUCCCAGUUCAAACAGAAAGUGAAGCCCUGCCAGUCAUUACUCCUGUGCCCGAUGACAAGCAGUAUCAAAAGAAAUGGGUUUGGCUCCGGGCAGCGCAACACUGUGCACUGUCCGUCACCAUGGCAACUACGGCGUUGUGACAAGCAUUCCCUUCUGCCGGCUUAAUUUUACAUGUGAGGAGUGUGAGAUGUGGGAUGGCUAAGUGGCUGCCCCAGUGCUGUGACCGAAUGCUUGUCCCUGUGCCAUUGUGCUGUUGUCACGACCAGGUUAAAGAAUAGCUCCUACCAAUGGCCCAUCAGUACAUUAAAUGCCACUGGGUUCCCACAGCAUUUUCCACUUUUAUUCUGCAUUUAGAGAGAAAAACACCAUUGACAGUACAAGUAAUGGAUUGUUCACUGCUGUAAUUGCCCAUUUCAGUAGCUCUUAGCCCUGCGUUGGGGCUGCGGGGGGACGUUCCAGCAGUGUUCUCAUCUUAGCCCAAGGCAGGCAGUUUGACAAAGGCACAAUUGCAUUGGCCAUAGCGUCCAAUAUGAUUAAUUUUACUUAAUGUACCUCCCUCUUGCAAAAGCACAGCACCCCCUGCACAGUGCUCAUGUCCUUUGUGUACUCAGGGUAGCACUUUGCCAGGGUGAGAGUCCCAUGCGGACAUCUGUUCAUCCAAAACAGAUCACAGAAAGCAAACAGACACCAUCAUCACCAGGGAAAGAACUAAGUGCAGACACAGGGCACCUGAGGCAGUUAAGGAGGAAAACAGGCUCCAGCAGUAGUUUGAAACUGCAUGCUAGAGGCAUAGGUGGGCUGGUAAGGAAACAUGAAGAGAGACGUUUAAUUCAUUCAAAUCCAGAGGGCAGGAGCCAGGGUAGGAAAGGGGCAAGAAACGUUUCCAAGAGGUCACCAUCCCUUUCCAAGGCAGGUUGGUGUAGUGUAGGCAGGCAGGGUAGGAAGAGUGUUCAGAAGGAGGACCAGCCUGGGCAAUGCAUGGCCCUGAAAACAGCACCCCCGACCCCCGUGCUCCCAUAGGGUAACAUCAUGGAGUUUGUCGUGAGUCUGAGAUGUGGGAGGAGCAGCCCAGUAUGGAUGGAUUAGUGGAAUUCAGCAUGCACUCGGGAGCAGGCUGUCUAGACAGAAGGCAUGUAAAGAGCUAUGAGGCAGGCAUUUGGGAAGUGAGAGGGGUUCGUGCAGGAGAACCAAGACAGGCUGUAGUGGAAGAAAGGCAAGCAGGCACACACCACGAGGAUUCUCUCAGGUGUGACAGAGAGGGUUUUAUCUGGGGUGGGGGGACAGGGAGAGUUUUAAAAAGCAGAUGCAGAUUGGAAAGAGAAUGGAUUUACCCUCCUACUCAAAGCUACUAAAACCUCAGCUAUAUAUGGCACAGCUUCUGAGACACUAGACUUAGAUAACCAAGGAUGGUUGGUUGUCUAAGGAAGACUUGAGGACAGUCCAACAAAGCCUCAUGGGGGCCCAUGAUGGGCCCAGUGGCUGGAGCUACAGAUUGGAGGUCCAGAGAGGAAAGCUGCUCGGAGACAGCUCCGGGUGCUCCUGAAGUAAUCAGCAUGUGUGUGUGAACACAUUGCCCAGUGCCAAGACAAGAAGGGGAGAGAGGAUCGGCACUGACAGAGCCCACAAUAUGCACAUGCCAGAAAUGGUGCCCACUUUCCCAGUCACACCGGGGAAGAAUAGUGUUCCACACAUUCGUGAGACCAAUGAAUUUGGCCUCUAUGGGAAUGGACCAUGGCUCCAGUUCUAAUAUAUAGGAAAGGCAAAGAGCAAAAGGCUCAGACUACUUCCAAUUCACUUAAACUAAACACAAGACAAAACUCAAGGAUAUUCAUUGCUAUAGAGAAAUACCUAACCCUUUAAAACCAUGGAAACCAGCAGGUUGGCUAUUAAAUCACUAGCUGCAUAAACAGCACAGAGGACACGGCCCACAGGACACACUCUAGAGGACAUGGCCCACAGGACACACUCUAGAGGACACGGCCCACAGGACACACUCUAGAGGACAUGGCCCACAGGACACACUCUAGAGGACACGGCCCACAGGACACACUCUAGAGGACACGGCCCACAGGACACACUCUAGAGGACACGGCCCACAGGACACACUCUAGAGGACACGGCCCACAGGACACACUCUAGAGGACACACUCUAGAGGACACGGCCCACAGGACACACUCUAGAGGACACAGCCCACAGGACACGGCCCACAACCAGACAAUUAGUGAUCAAACAGGCAUUUGAAAAUUGGGCAUUUGAAGACAUUGAAACAGAUAGAGCUAUAUUCUAGACAUUCAUAAAGUUGAGACUGGAAAGUGUUGAAAGGAAUAAAAUUAAACAUCUAGAACAAAGACAGUGCAAUGGAAUUGGGCAGCACCAAAGAAAGAUAUUAAUGAAUUGAAGGUGUUGCUAUAGAAACUACAAAAAAAAGAAAAGAAAAAGAAAACAAGAAAUGGAUAAAAGAGGUUUUGUUAAAGCCACAAAGAAAACAGUCUGGUGAUGUAGAAGCCGACAGAGUAGGAGAGAGUCACUCCUGGCAGGGCAUCUGAUAAGGGGUUCAUACUCCAAAAAAUAAAGAGCCAAUAAGACAGGCGACCCAAGUAAAAAUGGGCAUGCAUCCUAAUGGAGAAUUCUCAAAAGAAAAAAUAAGAAUGCCUAGGAAAUACCUUAAUAGUGUUCAAUAAACAUAGCAAUUAGGAAAAUGCAAAUUAAAACUACAUUUCAUCUUACUCCAGCCGGAAUAGCUGUGAUUAAAAAACAACCAAUGACAAAUGGGGCAGAUGAUGUGGGAAGAGGGCUCCCUCGAUGUUGGCAGGAUCAGAAGCUAGUCCAGGCACUCUGGACAUGCAUGUGAAGGAUGCUCAGUGAGCUAACAGUAAUGUCCCGUGUGGCCCAGCUAUGCCACUCCUUGGCAUAUUAUCUAAAGGACUGCCACACCUACUCCCCUUGCUCAGCCAUCUUCAUUGCUGUUCCAGUCACCAUAGCCAAGAAGCAGAAUCUACCUGAGUGUCGUCAGCAGGUACAUGGGUAAAGACAGUGUGGUGCAUAUAUGCAAUAGAACUCUAAAAUGAAAUUGUGAAAUUUGAAGCUAGAACUAGAAAACAUUAUAUUGAGUGAGGUGACGCAGCCUCCAGAAAAUAAACACGGCAUACUCUCUCUCAUUUGUGGUAUCUGGUUCCAAAUCCUUAGAUAAGAACAUCGCCUGGAGUAACCACAGAGACCAGGAACCUAGGAGAUCGGGUUGGGGAGAGGAGCGCUGGGGGUGGGGGGGGGGGAGAUUAGCAGGACGCAGUGCUAUAAAAGGGGAAAUGGGAAACCAACAGUGGGGUGCUAGCCAGGGGUAAGGAAGGGAAGAGGAAUAAAUUACAAUAAGGUCGAAGUAGUCAUAGGGACAAAGCAUUUUAUAAGCUUGCUUCAAAAUAUAUAUUAGAGACAUAUGUGCACAUACAUGUGUAUAUACAUAUACAUGAAUGUAUAUGUAAAAUGAAGUAAUGCCACUUGAAAUGACAAUGAGCAUAGACUAACAGAAUCCCUACCACCAGGUAUGGAAAACCUCCUUUUAAGUUGCUGGUCAGAAAACAGCCCUUGGUCAGAAGGGUUCGGAAACUCCUAAAUCUGUAGAAGCUGUUGCCAUUGCCCCGAUUGCCCCACAGAACGUGACCACAGACACAGGACUCAGAGGACCCAACUGUGAGCAGUACUGGAAGCCUCCUCCCUGGGAACUAGCUCUCAUAGUAUGGGAAGGUGCUGUGCAAGCCGCCAAGGGAGAAAAGCAAUCAGUGGUCCUCCCUAGCUUAGCUAUAAAUCCUGUGAACCAUAGCUUGGGAAGGACCCCCAGCCAUCUAACUGAACUCAGGGCCUGCUCAGAGGGAGGGAAUCAGGCCUGGUACUGUAAACCCAGCCAGUAGCUAAUGUGGUCUUAGAGGACUGCCACUUUCCUAAAGCAGGGUGAUUUCCUACUCCAUCUAAGUCCUUGUCUUUAUCUGCACAUGUAACGCUCACCCACCACCAAAGACACUUGCAUUAUAGCAGAUGGAGACCAUUACAGGCAUUUGCAACAGAUGGAAACAGUGACUGGUGUUGGGGUGCUGAACCCCAAGCUCAGGGAACACUGCUGAAGACAGAGUGGAAAGAUCCUUAGAGCCAGAGGAUAAGGAUACCUGCUGCUGGAGAGUGUCUCAUCUACACAACAGGGAGGCCGAAGCUAUGAAUCUCAGCAUUGUGACUGCCCACACAAACAUACACAAUGACAGUGUCCGCUGACAAGGCCCCACCCCUGUAAAGAGUUACAGGAAAUUAAUGGCUGCUAAGAAAAAUCUCCAGGGAUAAGGACCCUGAUAGGUUAUCCAAUCUCAUUUGGUCAACUACUAAAUGGAGAUCUCUCGAUCUCUCUCUCUCUCUCUCUCUCUCUCUCUCUCUCUCUCUCUCUCUCUCUCUCUCUCUCUCUCCCUCCUCUCUCUCGUGUGUGUGUGUGUGUGUGUGUGUGUAAAUUAAAGAGGAAGCAGUGAAAUUUGAGAGGAAGCAUGAACAGGAGAAAGAAUAGGGAGGGGUGAAAAGUAUGUAAAAUGAUGUAAGUACAGUAUUCGCCCACAAAAUUCUCCAAAACGUAAAAUUAUAAAAUUAAACAGAGCAUCAGUGAGCAAUUGAACCAGCUUAAAUAACCCAAUAUAUGUAUAAUUCAAACUCUUGAAGGGCAAAGAGGUGGGAAAGAAAUAUAAUGUAAAGAAAGAUGACCAAAGUUGCUCUAAAUUUGGUGAAACUUACACAUUCAUACCUUAAAAGCAGUUGGUGGGUUCUAAAACAGAAGCGCACUUUAAAAAAAAAAAACUACAGCAAGGCAAAUCAUAACCAAAUUGCUCAAAAUCGAUGAUGAAUGAAAUCUUAAACAUAGAGAAGUGAUGUUGGGAGCAGUGAAGUAAGUAGUAGGUAUUUUGUCGAGAGGCUACUCGAGAGGGCUGGGAGAAGGCAGAAGAGCACUCAUCAAUCUCGGUUUCUACGUCCAGCAACAAUUAUCUUAGAAAGUGAAAACGAAGUAAAGAAAGCCAUUCAGAUGCAGUGACACUUACACAUAUUAUCAGGGAGAGUGCCACACAAUGAGAAUUGUUCAAAGCUUGUUUAAAAUUAAAAAAUAAAAAAGGUCCACUUUGCAAAGUAAAGCACCCAAAGUGUGAAGUCCAUAAAUUAAAGCACAAGGGCUUUUCCUAGCACUUAUGUCUCUCAAGUACAACUGAGAGUUUAAACAUGAUCAAAAUAAUAUGGUUAUAGGAUUUAAGCUUAUAUAAAAUUAAAAUCUAUACUAGACAAAACGACAAAAGCCAGGGAGAGCAAGGGGAGCGCUGUACGCUAUAGGCUCUUCUGUUGUCUUGGAAAGAGGCCGUGACAUAGGCAAGCAGCCAUGGCACACGGAAGCAGCGUUACCGUAAAGGAGGUGACCCAGUCCAAAGAAAGGUAGAAGUAGCAGAAGGAAGAGAGAAUGCAUGGGUAAAAGAGGAAAAGUACAGUACAGGGAGCGAUGGCUUAAUCCUACGAAUCAGCACAUUAAACAUCCGUGGUCUAAGUAGACUCAAAUAGAGCUAGGGUUGGGAUCUCAGAUUUUAUUAAAAGCAAGCAAACAAAAUCAGUACCAACUCGUGGUGUGAACGAGAGACAUGCUUUCCUACCUUAAAAUCACAGUCCGUACUGAAUGGAGAAGGCAGGAUCUACAUGUAUGGCCACAUGUGUCAUGGACGCUACAUGGACGCUACAUAGCUACAACUGCCUGCAGCUUCUCCAGGGCACACGGUGCACACAUGUGGCAAUACUGCUCUCACACAGACGGUGGCCUCACUGUAAUUACCUCCGUGGUCCCUAGUUUAUAAAGAAGAAAAUGAGAUUCAGAAGUGUUUGGUGACUGGUGGAAGGAAGUUGCCAAAGACUGAGAUUCGGAUCUGUCCAUCCUGGCUCCCUCCUCCCAUUUCCUCUGAGAGUGGAGACCGAAGCGAGAAGAAUCACUCCAUUUGCACUCUGAGGGAGGCUCACAUCGGGCAGCUCCAAUAUUUUGCUUUGCUUCACGUUUCAGGAGAGAACCAAGGGUAUUGAUUUGGAAAUUAUUAAGUCAAUCAUAGCCAGGACAACAUGCAAAUAUAGAUUCUGUCAGUAAUGAGACUGAAAUGCACUGUGCUGAUAAUAUUAAUCAAAAGAAAAUUAAUGUCCUAAUGUCCAACAGGAGAAUGUAAAGCCAUGAAUCGCUGGGGAUGGGGGUGACUACAAAGUAGCCAGGAGCCCAUUAACAUGUCGUAACAAUUCUAAAUAUUAAUGCACCAAAUCAUAAAGCUUCAAAAAUACAUAAGCAACAAUAGAUAAAGCUGCUGAAAUAGAGAAACCACGAAGGUAAGAUUGCAGUCUCACUGUUGGUAACAGUAUAGGUUAUUAGUACAAUCAUAACCACUUGAUUUAAUUAGCAUUUAGGGUAUACCCUACCCAUCAACAUCAAAAUACACAUUGUUUUUCAACUGUACACACAACGUUUUCAUGCAAACUCCUAGUCCGGGCCAUAAAUGUAAAUCUCAGUCUGUGUAAAGGGACUUGACAGACUACAUUCCCCACCACAGUAGAGAUGAAUUGGAAAUCAGUGUCACAGAUAAUUGUUUGAAAACAUAAUAAUAUACUUCAAAACAAUCAGUGGAUCAAAGAAGAAAUAAGGAUUGGAAACAUUUUGAGAUGACUGGAGAACACAACAUAUCGAGAUCUGAGGAAUUCAGCCGAUGCGGUCUUUGAGAAGGAAUUUACAGCAUCUUCACUGUAUCAAGUUAUAGCCUUAGGCUAAAUGGAGUGAUGAGCACAGGGGAGUGAAGCAGAGAAGUGGUGGGAGAAUUAACUAAGCUAGGCAAGACUUGUCUUUGUUUGCCAUUGCUGUGAUGAGACACCGUGGCCAAGGCAACUCUUACAAAGCCGAACGUUUAGUUGGGGCUGGCUUACAGUCUCGGAGGUUCAGUCCAUUAUCAUCAUGGCGGGAAGCAUGGCAGUGCGCAGGCAGACGUGGUGCUGGAGAAGAACCUGAGAAUUCUACAUCUUAGCUGAAGGCAGCCAGGAGGAGACUCUCUUCUGCACUGGGGCAAAGCCUGAGUUCUAGGAGGCCUCAAAGCCCACCUACACAGUGACACACUUCCUCCAGCAAGGCCAUACCUCCUAACAGUGCCACUCCCAUAGACCAAGCAUAUUGAAACUACCACAGGGGCCCUUUGAGAAGAUAAUAAUCAAACUGAUAAACCUCUGGCCACCUGAACUAAGUAAAAGGGGAAAAAAUGAAAGUCAACAUCACCAGAGAUUUUUUAAAAAGUAGUAUUUUAGAAUCUAUCUGAUAAUUAUUGUAAAAGCUUUAUGUGAAUAAGUUCAAUCAAUAGAAUGGACAUAUUCAAAUAGCCCAUAAAGAUAUAAAUCAUCGAGGUAUUCAACAAGAAAUAACCUGAGUAGGCCUAUAGUUACAAAAGAAACUGAGUUUCUAGUUUAAAAACACCCACAAAGAAAGUUCUGGGGAUACGUUAGUUCAUUGGUAGAUUAUUCAAAAUAGUCAAGGAAGACACUAUGUUUACAUUUAAAUACAAAACAAUGGGGCAUUAAUAAAACAAUUUCUGGACUUUGUUAAAAAAUUGAUAGAGGGGAAAAUAUUUCGCAUCUCUUUCCAUAAAAUUAAUCCAAUAUUAAUAAAAAUUUAUAAGACAAUAAAAUCACAAACCAUAUUGAAUUUGGCAAUGAAUGAGAAGGUAGUGUCCCACAUGUGGGUAUCCCAGGAGUGCACAAUAACCUGAAACAGCCUAUGCACUUCAUCUUGGUAAUGGACAAGUGUGAUUGUCUCAGACAAAGAGCAUUUCUCACAACCCAGUGUCUACUUCCUAUUUAAAGAACACUGGAGAAAGAGGGAGAGCCGUGAGCUUGUUUGAUGAAAGUUCUCUGUGAGAACCCAGAUGUCCUUCCUCACACUUGAUGGUGAGAGAGGAGGCUUUCCUCAGGUCAGGAGGAAGACCCUCGCUGGGGUGGAGUGGGAAGGUGACGAGACUGGGAAGGUUUCAGACGUAAAGAUCUUAUAUAUGGAAAGCCCUACGGAACACACACGCAUGCGUGCACGCAUGCACACACGCACCAACUCAAAAAUUAGUUCAGCAUUGCAAAGCUACAAAAGCAGCAUACAAAGAAAGUUGUAUUUCUGUAUUUGUAUGGCCAGGUCUCCAGAGCUGUGGACCCAACUAGUAAUGGAUCAAAACUAUUUGAGGGAAAAACAUCUGGACUGAACAUGUAUAGACUCCAUUACUCCUGGUUAGUCUCAUUAGAUUCUGUCAGCUGACCAGGACCAGCCCAUUCUCUCUGGCUACCAUACUUUGUCCCUCCCUACUCUAAACUCUGAUUGUAAAGAACUCGCCCUGCUGUCCCUAGGCAAUCUUAAACUACUUCAGACCCA